UGCCCGGACGCUGGACACCAUGGGCUCACUCGGGGCUCUGCUUUGCCUGCUGCCCCUGUACGCAGGCGUGGCUGCAGCUGCACCCUCCUGCCCCCAGAACGUGAAGAUCUCUGGUGGCAAUUUCACCCUCAGCCAUGGCUGGGGCCCGGGGAGCGUCCUCAUCUACUCCUGCCCCCUGGGCUGGUACCCACUCCCCGCAUCCAGACUGUGCCUGAGCAACGGCCGGUGGCGCACCCCGAGAUCCACCCAGCUGAGAAAGGCGGUCUGCAAACCUGUUCGCUGCCCAGCCCCUGUUUCCUUUGAGAAUGGCAUGUACACCCCACGGCUGGGGUCCCACCCUGUGGGCGGCAACCUGAGCUUCGAGUGCGAGGAUGGCUUCGUGCUGCGGGGCUCACCCGUGCGGCACUGUCGCCCCAACGGCAUGUGGGACGGGGAGACGGCUGUGUGUGACAAUGGCGCUGGCCACUGCCCCGACCCGGGCAUUUCCGUGGGCUCUGUGCGGACUGGGUCCCGAUUUGGCCUUGGGGACAAGGUCAGCUACCGCUGCUCCGUGAAUCUGGUGCUGACAGGGUCUGCAGAGCGGGAGUGCCAGGGCAACGGGGUCUGGAGUGGGACCGAGCCCAUCUGCCGCCAACCCUACUCUUACGACUUUCCUGAGGACGUGGCCCCUGCCCUGGGCACCUCUUUGUCCCACCUGCUUGGAUCCACCAACCCCACCCAGAAGAAGAAGGAAAGCGUGGGCCGAAAAAUCCAAAUCCAGCGAUCUGGUCACCUGAACCUCUACCUGCUCCUGGAUGCCUCUCAGAGUGUGAAAGAGGAAGACUUCAGUAUCUUCAAGGACAGUGCCAUCCUCAUGGUGGACAGGAUCUUCAGCUUUGAGAUCAACGUGAGUGUCGCCAUCAUCACCUUCGCAUCAAAGCCGAAAGUCAUCAUGUCUGUCCUGCAGGACAGCUCCCGAGAUGUGACCGAAGUGAUCAACAGUCUGGAAAAAAUCAACUACAAAGACCAUGAAAAUGGGACCGGGACCAACAUCCGUGGGGCCCUAAAUAGUGUCUAUAUCAUGAUGAAUAACCAAAUGCAGCGCCUGGGCAUGAACACGGUGGCCUGGCAGGAAAUCCGACAUGCCAUCAUCCUUCUGACAGAUGGAAAGUCCAAUAUGGGGGGGUCUCCCAAGGAAGCUGUUGACAAUAUCAAAGAGAUCUUAAGCAUCAACCAGAAGAGGACCGACUACCUGGACAUCUAUGCCAUCGGGGUGGGCAGGCUGGAUGUGGACUGGAGGGAGCUGAACGAGCUGGGAUCCAAGAAGGACGGCGAGAGGCAUGCCUUCAUCCUGCAGGACACAAAGGCUCUGUACCAGGUCUUUGAGCACAUGCUCGAUGUCUCCCGGCUCAUAGACACCAUAUGUGGGGUGGGGAAUAUGUCAGCUAAUGCAUCUGCCCAGGAGAGGACACCCUGGCAUGUCACUAUCAAGCCCAAGAGCCGGGAGACCUGCCGGGGGGCCCUCAUCUCCGACCAGUGGGUCCUGACAGCUGCUCACUGCUUCCAUCACGACAAUGACCAUUCCCUGUGGAGGGUCAUUGUGGGGGAUCCCAACUCCCAUUUGGGCAAAGAGUUCCAGAUUGAGAAGGUGGUGAUCUCCUCUGGCUUUGAUAUCUCUGCCAAGAAGCAUCAGGGGAUCCUGGAGUUCUAUGGUGAUGACAUUGCCCUGCUGAAGCUAGCUCAGAAAGUGAAGAUGUCCACCCAUGCCAGGCCCAUCUGCCUUCCCUGCACGGUGGGGGCCAAUCUGGCUCUGCGGAGACCCCCAGGCAGCACUUGCCGAGAUCACGAGAGCGAACUGCUGAACAAACUGAGCAUUCCUGCUCACUUCGUGGCCUUGAAUGGGGGCAAACUGAACAUUAACCUCAAGACAGGGACAGAGUGGACAAGGUGUAUUGAGGUGGUCUCCCAAUACAAAACUGCGUUCCCCAACUUGACAGAUGUCGGAGAGGUGGUGACAGACCAGUUCCUAUGCAGUGGGAUGGAGAGUGAUGAUAAUCCCUGCAAGGGAGAAUCUGGGGGAGCAGUUUUCCUUGAGCGCAGAUUCAGGUUUUUCCAGGUGGGCCUGGUAAGCUGGGGUCUCUACAACCCCUGUGACAGUUCCAGAGAAAACUCCCGCAAGAGAGCCCCCAAGGGCAGGGUCCCCCCACCCCGUGAUUUUCACAUCAAUCUCUUCCGCCUGCAACCCUGGCUGAGGCAGCACCUGGAGGGCGUCCUGAACUUUUUGCCCCUGUAAUCAUGCCCUCUGACCCCUUUGUUGUCCUGAGGAACCUACUCUCUCUCCCAUGUCCUACUUCUGAAUUUCUGCCUUCAGACCCCAUGACUGAUCUUCACUCCUCGCCCUGAGUAAGCCCAGCCCAUCCUCGGCUUUACGGGACUCACUCUUCUUUCACUUUCAGUGAAAUUUCCCAGUUAUGAACCUAAUAAAAAUCAGUGAUUUCCACAUCUGUCUGUGUUCUACCUGGGGUGGGGGUGGGGAAGGUAGGAGUGAUUCCAGGAACUGCUGGAGGCAGGUCAGAGACCCUGCUGGACAAACAGGGACUCUGCUCCAUACCACAGUCAACAGGGGAGCCACCGGGGCCUCAUUUCUGGUCUCUAGGGGGGUGGUCUGUGCUCUUUGGGGAGGAACUGUGGCCAAGAGGAGCUGUUGAAGGGAAAGUCCUGG